AUGGGCAAGGCCUGGCGGCUCGUCGCGGCCUCCAGGGUCGGCAGGGAGCUGUCCGCGGCGCCGUCUCCGCUCGAGACCGUCUACAGGUCCGAGGCCGUCCUCGACUCGGGCACCUUCUCCACGGUCCACUUCGCCGAGCGGCGCUCCGACGGGGAGAUGGUGGCGCUGAAGCAGAUCAGGUGCGACUCGGACUCUGAGACCCGGCGUGCCGCCGAGGAGGAGUAUGCCAUCAUGUCCAGCAUCUCCCACUCAGCGAUCGUCCGCGCUUCCGCGUGGCAUGAGACUGAAAGCAGCGCUUGGAUCUGCAUGGAGUAUUGCAACCUGGGCAGCGUCACGAAGUACGUCAAAUUCCGUGGGACGAUCGACGUGACCGACGCGCGCUCGCUGGCGCACCAGCUGCUGAGCGCCGUGAACCACCUUCACCAGAAGCGGUACGUGCACAGGGACGUCAAGCCCGAAAACGCCCUCCUGAGCGACGACGCCGGCGAGCUCCGGCUGAAGCUCGCGGAUUUCAACUCCGCCAAGAGGAUCGGCGAUCACGCGGGCGCCACGGCGAUGCUCUCCGUGCGGGGCACUAGGCUCUACGCCGCCCCGGAGAUCCACUCGGGCACCUGGAGCGAGCGGGUCGACAUCUGGGGCUGCGGCCUGUGCGUUUUCGUCAUGCUCGCGGGGCGCCUGCCCUUCAUCCCCGGGAGCGACGAGUCGCAGCGGUUGCUGACCCUCGGGCUCGUGCCGCCGAUGGACUUCGCGCAGGCGCCUGGCUUCAUGGGCAACCUGGUGCGGCAGUGCCUGGAGCCGGACCCAUGGUCUCGGCCUCCCGCGAUGGAGCUGCUCGCGCACCCGGUCUUCGACCUGCUGAUGCUUUUCCCUCGCUCCUGCUAG